GCAGCAGCAGCAACAACAACAGCAGCAGCAGCAACAGCAACAGCAACUUCAUUCGAGAGCAAAUAUGUACUAUCUGGGACAAACCGGUAUGACGCCGGAGGAGCAGGAGCGAGUUUACCAUCAAGAAGCUGCGGCAGCCGCGCAACAGCAUCAGAUGGCGAUGGCCGCCGCCACGGCAGCCGGGAUGAUAAAGACCGAAGAUGUGAAAUGCGUUACGGUCGCGCAAAUGCAGCAGAUGCAGAAACCCGGUGGACCGCCUACCUCACCCGGCGGAUCGGUGAUGGAUUUGUCUACCUCCAGUGUUACGUCCACCAGUCCGCAGGCACCACCCUACGGUUCGAACAGUCUCAGUCCACAGUAUGGAGGAGGACAGACGGUGGGAAGUAGUCCUCAGGCUGCAGCGAGUCCCCAUUUGACGGCUAGUCCUCAAGUUCCUAGUCCCCAGGGUCAGACUCUCGAUCUUAGCGUCAACAGACUCCAUAG